AAAGGCUUCAGUCAACUGUCGUCUGGACUGGAAACAGACCGGCCUCCCAUCCUCUGAUCACACUCUGCUCGCUCUCUCUCUCUCUCUCUCUCUCUCUGACUCUCUCUCACUCUCUCUCUAUCUCUCACACGCACCAUCUCCCUCUCACACACACUCUCCUCUCCUCUCCUCUCUCUCCCACACACACUCGGAGCUCUAUCUGAUAUCUCUCUGAUCUGAAGAACACUGAUCUGAAUUUCAUGCCUCGGAUUGUGGAAACCUUCAAUUUUCGUUCCAUAUGAGGGAUAAAAUCUGCAAGACUCCUUGUCUCCUCUUCUUUCUGCUCACAAGUCUUCACCACUGCUCGGGAAAGUUUGGAACGCCCAUCACAGACGAUGUGAACAAGCUGCUGCUAUUGCAACAGAACAUUCCCGUUGACUAUGAGAUUCCUGUGCACUACAUCCCAAAGGAAGUGAGCGGUGUGUGCUGGGUGGUGCUGAACAUCUACCCUCUGGAGCAGAGUCUCUGUAAACUGGCCACCAUGUUUGGCGCCCUGUCCUCCAACAAGGAGAACAUCAUCGUCUUCAUCGCCAUGCUGAAGAGCCUGCGCUUCACGUUCGACCACGAGGAGCUGGAAUCGGCGAUGCAGGUCUUCCAGUGUCACUACCGCGAGAGGAACCUGCUGUCGGGUCUCUACUUCGACUACAUCAAGGAGAUACUGCAUGCUGCGGCCCAAGGGGUGGGGGGCUUUCCCUGUAAGCCCCCCCCCUGCGUGCCCCACCAGGAAACCCCAGAUGGGCGAGUGCAAGCCUGGCUGAGCAGAAGUCCUGUGCUGCUCAUCCUGGUCCCCCUCACAGCAUGUCUGCUCCUGCUGCUGUGGCUAGCCCACUCCCGGAGGCGGCGGUUGCGCGAGUGCGACGUGGAGCGGCGAGACGAUUCGUUGUCGUCGCCGGCCAACGCGGUUCCCAGCGUGUGCAUCUCCGUCCCGCUGUACAGAACGGACCAUUCCACGUCCGCCACAGAACUGGUUCCCAGACCACAAGAACUGGGGUGAAGGGGACCAAACGACAAUGGGGGGGGGGGGGGGGGGGGGGGGUGAAAGAAGAAAAGAAAAAACUCGAUAAAAUUAGACAGACGCGCCUGAUUGGUCUGUUGUUCUGAACAGCACUGCUGGACAAAAAGCGCUCUGUGUUUCACUCCCUUCGGACCCGGGGUGCAGCAGGGAAAACACACGAAUCACAACGGCUGAAGGAACUAUUUUUUUGAAGGACUUUUCCUCAUUUUUUAAGUGGACACAAAUGUGUUUUCAUCCCCCCCCCCCAACCUGUAAAGAGGGAUCUUUUAGUAGUUGAAGUAGUAUUUAAACACCAGUUAGUUCUUCUGUCGUUCGGUCAGUGGUUGUGUACAGCACAGGGAUUGAGCUGAAUGUUGGCCCGGGGAGAAAGGGUUGUUCUCAACAGCAGGAUGAAAAACCAGUGAAUGACAGCGGGGUUAAUUUUGGUCCUAUCGCCUUGUAAACUAUAGGUCCCCUCUCGUGAACGCUAAUAUAAAAGAAAAUCUGGGGGCUUGACAUAUUAAUCCAAAUUGAAACAGCUUCACCCUCUUCUGUAGAAAAAGGUGUGGAGUUUCAGUUCAUUGCACAGGGUAUAAAUCCCAAUUACAACACUUUAAAUCUCUGUUACUAUUUACUUUUUACUUUCACAAUCAUCAAAAACGGUUUUUGACUAUUUUGGAUUAAUGACAGUGAAUAACAGUGAACCACAAUGCAUGUAAUUUACGGGCUGGUAGGGGUUUGGGUCCUCUUACACCCGGCAUUCAUGCAGACAUUGGGGACCAAAGCAAGUGACUGGGAGAGUUGAGCCGCACAGCCCGGACACUAAUGCAAUUCAAAUAAAAAGCCAAAGGUACAGCAAACCACAACGUUGCGGAAGAUUGUUUAAAAGAGUUCUCAGAGUCAUGGGCUUGUGUUUAACUCUGACAUUAUCAUGAUCUGUGAACCCGCUCCACUCAAACAACACACUGGGCAAAUUCCAGUACUGGCCCACUUUUCCUCAUCAAAAGACCAGACCAGAUGGCAGAUCGCCACUGGCUCAAGCCUCUCUCGCUCACUCUCUCUCUCUCUUUCUCUCAAUUCUGUCAUUGUAUUCUCAAGUUGUUGCUGCAGAGAGAGUGAGGGAGAGACAGAGAAGGAGAGUGAGAGAGACAGAGAGAGAUACAGAGAAGGAGAAGGAGAGGAAGAGAGGGACAGAGAAGGAAAGAGAGACAGAGAGAGAGUGUGAUGUGCGGGUGUCUCUCUACCUUCGUUGAGCUGUUAUUCCUCAGUCACAGACUCAAUCACAUUCAAGUCAUGAGAGCAUGAGUCGGCUGGGUGCUGCUGCUGCCGCUGCCACUCAUCUAUGUGUCACCGGCACACACACACACAGAGAGAGAGAGUACAUGUGUGCAUGUGUGAGAGAUAGCGAGAGAGUGUGCAUGUGAGAAAGUCUGAGUGAGAGAGAAAGAUAGUGUAAGUGAAUGAUAAUGAGAGCAGGAGAGAGAGAGAGAGAGAGAGAGAGAGAGCGCAAGUGAUGAAGACCGCAGAUCAGAGAGAGAGAAGAGAGGAGAAGAGAGAUAAGAUAGACAGAGUGUGCGAGUGCGAGAUAACAACCUCAGAGCAGAACAGAGCGACGGACAGAGAGAGAGAAAUGGAUGGAUGGAUGACCUCAGUGGAGAGGGGCAUAAGGGAGGCUUGUUCUCCCCCACAAAAGAAGAGCCCGUAGGCUGGAGGAAAUGCCAAUUGUCCACUGGACUGAUGUCCACAAGACCCCGAUGAAUCAACAGCCCCAACAGGCUGCCAGACCGCAUAGCGCUCAGAGAAUCAUCCACAAAGGAAGGGGAAAUGGGAGUUUAAUUAUUUUUUUUAAAAAUGCAUUUUUUUUUUUUCCAACAGUUGGAAAUUCCGAAACAGUUGAUUGAAGUUUUGGAAAAAUUAACCAAAAAAAGUGAUGAAUCAUUAAAAAAACAUUUAAUCCAUUCAUUAAAGAUGUGAUCAUGCAACAACAUGUGUACCAUACAUGUAAAUAACUGCUGUUUAGAGAGACAUCUUUGUCAUAUUUUUGUUGUUACUUGUGAGAUUGUGCAUCUGUACAUGUUCAUAGAAAUGAUAUGCUGUUGUUUUUUUUCAACUCAAUUAAAGUAUAAUAUUUUCUGCUGA